ACUUCGCUACCGCUCCGUCUCUGAAUUGGAAGUGAAUUCAUGAGAUUUUAAAUUUCCUUUGUUUGUGUCAAUGGUAGUAAAAAUAUAUUAUAUAUUAGUGAGUUUCUAGGAAUUAUAUCGGAUAUUAACGGGUAUUCGUGGUUACAUCCACAUAACCUAACUCCGUCGCUACAUUUUCAUCACUGUGAUUGUAUGAAUUUGUUGUAGAACAUUUUCUAGUUUUCCAUCAUGCCAUUGCUCUACAAAAAUCCGUUUGAGCGAAAUGAAGAACCCGAUGACUUGGAUGAUAAUGAAGAGGUAUUUUUCUGUGAACUUACAAAUGAAAUCUUCAGGGACUAUGAAGACUACUGUGAAAGAAUUAUUCUUUGCAACUCCUUGGUUUGGUCAUGUUCUCUCAGUGGUAGAGCUAACCUUACAUACCAAGAAGCUCUUGAAUCAGAGAAAAAUGCAAAAGCAAUGCUUCAUGACUUUCCAAUGGAGCUUCGCAUUCCUGUCUUCUAUCUCACUACUCUGACUCAGCGCAAAUCCCUAAACGAGUUGGCUGAGGAUGUGUAUUGUUUUGCUAAAGACAGAUAUUUUGUUGGGGAAAACGUUGAAGUUGAUAUCCCUGGAAGCUCACUUACAAGCUGCUACAUUAUCCGUGUUAUUGAUCCCACACCAGAAGAACUAAAGACAGUUGAAAGACAAGCGGUUAAGAAUGGUGAACGUCAAUAUUGGCCCCUAGCUAGUUCUUACAAAUAUGAAGUUCAACCUGCUGGAAAAGAGUCAUCAAAAAUCAUUACAGUAGCACCGGGAUUCAUCCAUAGAAAGAAAGGUGUCUAUUCUCGAGCAAAGAACCGGCUUUUUAUAAAACAGUUUACAGAACAAGUCGGUGGGUUGUGGAAGCUUAAGGAUGCUGUUGCUGAAAAGUACAAUAUAUCCAAAGUGGAAUUCAGCCAAAUAUUUGCUGGAGAAGCACCAGAACUAACUCCGAUAAAAAAAUCCUCUCCAGCAAACCAGAAGGCAGGUGGCAGCGGGAAAAAAGAAAAACGCCAAGAAAGUAUUGAAAAGUACUUUACUAAGAAGUCUCCAAGUAAGCAUACUGGAUCUCAUGGCACCGAACAAAAAACACUAGUGCAGAAGUUGAAGGAAAAAUACAAACAUAAUGCUAAAACAAGUUUAAACAACAAGAUUGCAGGAAAACAUGAUGCUUUUAGACAGAAACGGAAAUAUACAAAAAAGAAAUUACUUCAAUCUUCUGACAAAAAUUCUGUUUUGUCUGAAUCUGACUUAAAGCAGAGAAAAAGUGAAGAAAAGUCAAAACUGAAAGAACUUAAGAGAAAAAAGAAAGAACAGCUGGCACAGUUAAUGAAAGAGUACAAUCGUAAAAAAGAUGAUUUGGAACUUGAAGAUUUACAGGAUCUUCCUGAACCGUUGCCCGUCGCCCUAAGGUUUCCGAACGAAUUGUUUGGAGAUUUCAUCAUGAUUCUGGAGUUUCUCAACACCUUUAAAGAUACUGUAAAUGUCAAAGACUACUUUCCAAGUGGUGUGACACUUGAGCUUCUGGAACGAGCGUUAGUGGAAAAAGAGGUUGCAGGUCCAUUAUGUGAUAUUCUACAAAUGCUAUUAACAGCGAUUUUUGAACUUCAAGAAGGAGAGGAUGAUGAAAUACGCGAUGAUUCAGAUCUAAAAUCCUCAGACUGGCAAGACGAUGUGGCAGGAGAUGAACAGACCAAGGAAGCUGUUAGACAAGCCACCAUAGCUGCACGUUGGGCCCAGGCAUAUCAUCGCACUCCGCUUAGCAAGUUGACUCUGGAUGCGAGCACUCUCAGUGAAGUGUUGCGGCUCCACCUGCUGGCAUCUGGGGGCCGAUGUGGCGACAACAGUGCAAAGUGGAGGUACCAGCAACGUGGUGGCUACUCUAGUCUAGAUGAUCCUGGCCUCACUCUGCGGCUCUCUCAGCCACACAUUCUGGACCAUCUGGCUCAAAUGCCAUUUUGUGACCUGCCUGUCCCUGACAAAUUAUCUAUUUUGUCAUGUCUGGUUAGCCAGAUUUUGACUUUUGCUGCUAUCCGCGAUCGCAUUGAUGAAAGUAUGGACAAAAUAAAACAAGGCAGAGUAGAACUCAGAACCCUGAGUGGCAAUGACAGGAGGAGAGAACAAGAAGCUGUUCAGAAGUUCAAGGAUGGAGAGUGGACAGCAGAGCAGCUAGAACAUGAGAGAGAACUGUUGCAUCGUCGUAAGCAAGACCAAGGUCGUAGAGCGCGUGAGUUGAGUGAGGAGAACCAAGCCAACCAGGUGCUGCCGCUGGGGAUAGACCGAGCAUACCGCCGCUUCUGGGUGUUCCCUGCGGUGCCGGGCUUGUUUGUAGAGGACAACGAGCUACAGGCUGGCAUCUGCUUACCUAAAGGUACGCCAGCCUUGGAUUUAGGGCUCAUUGAAGGCGAGGAUCCAGAAAUCUAUGUCAAAAGGCUUUUUGAAGAAGUAAGCAAUAAAGAAAACUUAAUGAAGACACCUUCAAAGGCACAAACUACUCCUACUAAAACUCCCUCUAAAAGUUCUCUGAAGUCACCCGGCAAAGGAGCAACAACGCCUGGCAAGAAAACAGUUGUGGAAAGAAGGCCCCUGACUUGCUGGGGAGAUCAACAGAUUUGUCCUGUGCACUCGAGAAAUGAUUCAAGAGUCUGCUGGGCUUUCAUCAAGGAUGAGGCUGACUUUAACACCUUGGUCAACCAUCUUAACAAGCGAGGAGUGAGAGAGAAUGCUCUACAAGCAGCCCUGGAGGACGACAGGGAGAAGAUCCUGCAGAGCAUCAGCAGGUGUCCCAUGUCUAAACUGAAUCCAGCACUGUGCCCUGUGGAUGAAAGCCGAAAGAGUGCCAGAAAUAAUCCAAGGUAUGAUAAUGCAAAUCUCAACUUCCCUCCUGGCACCGCCUCAGAAGAGAUCUUAGAAUCAAUACUCAGAGAUCUCAUCUUGGAAACUGAAGAAAAGAUUAAUAAUGGAUGUUUGGGAGCCUUAAAGGUUAAGGACAGAGAAGCGUGGAGGGAAGCAAUUGUAAAUAAAGCAUACGAUCAACAAUGUGACAAACUUACGUGGGGAGGCAACAGCAAAAACACUGUUGAACUGAUGAAUGGCAAGGCAGUGGAGGAAGAUGAGACGAGUAGGCCUUCCACUCCCAGUUCUGAGGCCAGCUUCAGAGACCUUGUGAUGGACACCAACGUGGAGCAGAGGACAAGAGUAAAGGAACUGGCAUGUGCUGUCCUACAGCUGGAGCAGAGUGUGGAUCCUAAGUACCUCAAGAGACCCCUCGGUUUCGAAAAGAAAGAGAGCAACGAGAAGGGAAGCAAGGCAGCACAGCUGGUGAGAGAGCGGUGGGAAACCUCUCUGAUGGCCAGUACCAGUAUAUCUCAGCUGUUCCUACAUAUCUCAACUCUAGAUAGUAGUAUCAGUUGGGCCAGGUCCAUCCUCAAGGCGUAUUGUCGGUUGUGCAAGCGGAAAGGCGACCCUGAGAAGAUGCUGUUGUGUGACGAGUGUAACAAAGGUCACCACAUGUACUGCCUCAAGCCUAAACUGACCAGUGUGCCGAAGGGCAACUGGUACUGUGCCAAGUGUAAGCCCAGGGAGAAGAUCAGCCCCGUCAAGAUAAACCGCAGAGUCUUCACAGAGGACAGUGACGAUGAGGAGAAGGAGAACGAUGUAGAACAAGAAUUACCACAGGGUGUGUGCAAAGUAUGUCGUACCAAAGGUCCAGUGAUCACCUGUGAGACAUGCAGUAAGAAGUAUCACUUUGACUGCAUCAACCCUCCUCUUCGUAAGGUACCAACAGGCAACUGGUACUGCCACAGUUGUCGCAAGGGCCAGCCUCCCCCCAAACCACCAAACAACAGUAAAAAAGAGGAGACAAGUCCUUCAUCAGAUGGAGAGCGUACAAGUAGAAGAAGAAGUUCCAAGGCAGCCACUGCCAAGAUAUCUCAGUUCGCCAAGCAACUGCGUACAAACUCUUGGGAAGGUGAUAGGGAGAAGGAAGUAGAAGGACGUCGGCGUUCACGUCGCUCUCUGGAGGCGGAGUUGUUGCAACAAAGCUCCAAUACAUCGGCAUCCAAGGAUCUUCCCUUGGACAACGCCACUCUGCAAGAGAUCUUGGAGCAGCUGAUGCAUCAUGAGGAUGCUUGGCCCUUCCUCAAACCUGUCACAAAGGCUGAUGUGGAGGAUUAUCACAAGAUUAUAAAGCAUCCGAUGGACUUUGGAACUGUGAAACACAAACUGAACAUGUUGGAGUACAGCACCAAUGGCGAAGUCCUGGCAGAUGCUCUUUUAAUCUUUGAAAAUUGUUAUUCAUAUAACAAAGAAGACACAGAAAUCUACCAAUGUGGAGCUCGUCUUCACCAGUUGCUAGAGAAGCUAUGUGAGGAGCGCGGCCUACAGCUGUGUGAGGAGGACAGAGCCCCCGUCACAAAAAAACCCCGCCUCUCUGUGUAGACCUCACCCAUUUCUCUGCAGACUUAUAAUAUUUUCAACACAGCCAACUUUUGUGCUUUUUGUUGAAUACUAUAUUUUAGCAAGAAUUCAAUUUUUAAAAUUGUAAAGAACGGUGUGAUCUGUUUGAUCCAACUCAAGCCUAGGUUUUUAAAUGCCAAAAUAAUGGUUUUUAUUGAUUAUUCCAUAAAAAAUGUAUUCUAGUUAAUUCGGUAUUCAACUUUAAUAUUUGUCUACAUUACACCAAACAAGAGUUGGAAAAUUCAAUGCAUACCUAUUGUAAAUCUACCCUUUCCAGCUAUUUUCUGGUACUUUGGAUAUAUUAUUUACGCCUUAUGUUUUAAGUUAUACUGUAUCACUAUUUAGUAGGUUUUUUUAAUUAGUAUAUAAUAUAGGUAUAAAUAACGAGUAUUAACACUAUCUUUUUUAAAAAUUCCCUUGUAUAUAUAUUUUAAUCCUUAAUUAGAUAGUUUAUUUAUUGCAUACAAUUCCAUUUAUAAAUGGACUUUUAUAUUGUUGAUAAUAUAUGUUAUUUAAAGUCAAGUUUGUCUGUGUUAAUCUAGUAAUAAACAUUGAUUUUGUUUUAUUGACAAAAUUUAUGAUCACAGUGAGUGCUUCUAAGAUAUUAGUGAAAAAUUACAUGCUGAAAGUUUUAAGGAAUCUAAAGUUAAAAAUUAUGAACAGAUUUUUAGUUAUAACAUUUCACAAAACGAAAAUUGGCUUCCUUGAGUAACUUUUUGUACUGUACACAUAAGGGAGUUAGACGCCACGUUGAGCGCGCGUUAGCAAGAUGUAAAACCGUACCCAUGACAGCGCUAGAUACGGCAUUAGUUGAACCAGUUUACUACUCUAGUGUAAACAACUAGCUCUUUUAUGGAGCUAGAAGAGUAUGUCUUUGGUUGUUAUAUCAUAGAUACAAGUCAAGGCUAAGAAAGAUGCAAUAAUUCAUGUUGUAAAACUCAUUCAAUUUUCUAAGCAGAAUUUAAUUAAUAGAGGUUUCUGAAUAUUGGAGCCACUGUCCAAUAAUAAUAUAGAACAAAAUUUUAAAUUUAGCAGGUAGCAAUGUCAAAAUAAUUUCAUUUUUUAUCACAAACUCUCUUUUUAAAACUUCAUUUCUGUAAUCUGGACACUCCAUGUCCCAGAUACAUCUUCUCUUUUUGACUUAUCAAUAAACAAUUCUGUGUCAAACGCUUCCGCAUCCAUUUAUACACAUUACACAAACAGAUUACAAAACACAAUACCCCCGCCGCAGUAAACCUGCAGACUAAGCGAAUUUCCAUUUACCGGGCUGGAUUUCUACUAAAAUAUUCCCAUAAAAUUGUCAGAUUUAUUUUCUAUUUAAAUAAAAUUAACUUUAAUGAGUACAGGUUUGCUGUUAGAGGGAAGGUAUUGAGGUGUUUUUUUUAUAUGUUGAUAGCUUAGAAUACAAUAAACAAAAUUUACAAAAUUGAUAAAAAUAUAUCUAUAAACAAGCAAACUACAAAAGUUUUUUAUUCUCCAUAAGAAACAUAUGGGAAUUUUAAAUUAAAAUUUUUUUUUUAUUAUCUCCAUACCCGUUAGGCAUACAACAACGCUUCAACAAUAAAAAUUAUCUCUUUUUUAAGCUCUACAAAAUAGUUUGGAAAGAAAUUGUGAAAUGUUGUGUUUUUAGGGUCAAAAAUGGGAAAACCCAAUUUUUACCCUAUAGAACCUCCCAUAAACCUCUGUUCCCAUAGUCCUGCCCAUAGAUCAUGCUGGUUCGCAAACUCCUUCAAUUAAACGUAAGUUUACUCAUUUAAACAAAAUUUCAUCAAAAUCGGAUAAUUUUUUCUUGAGUUAUCGCGCUAACGGACACACAUAUAUAUAUAUGUGAAUUUGAAUAGAGGGUGUUUUUGGCCUCUGGGGACCUCAAAACAAAAAAAUAAAUCGGUCUCGGGUCUAGGUCGAACCAUGAGACCUACGGUAAUAGCUAAUUCCCUAUAUGGGAAUUUUGCUAAAAAUUACUUCACCUCGGACCUAGCCUAAAGCACGCACUCGACUAACCACACAUGACUUCAAAGCUCAGUUUAGUAACUCAAAGUGGGAAAAUAACAAGCGUUGUGUUUUGGCGAGUUGGUUCAAAGUGCCAGGUAUUUCCUUGGUACUUUUGAUAACACGCGUUUGACAAAUGUGGUCCACGUCUACCACCCUCAUGUGUUAUGAGCGCUUUCUAAGUAAGAUUAUCAAUGUUUUGAUAUGAAUUUAUAAAAUCUAAUUAUGUUUUUCGCUCAAACUUUUGAAACAUUGACUUGUGAUUCAAGAGGGAUAACAUUGAUGAAAAAAAUGGCUUGAUAAUUUUUCUAUUACUAUUCAGAGCUCAAUAAUAGCAGAUAUCAGCCAAAAGCUUUAUUCAAAAAGCCAACAACCAUAUUCUUGGAUGGUUUGCUGUUUUCAUUUAUAUUUUAACUAGGCCUACAUUUUUUUAUUAGAUUUACUCUUUUGUAGUAUAUUUUUUUGCUACUCGAUUUUCUUGUUUACGAUUUAAUUUAUGGUGUUAAAUACUGAUAAGAGAAAAUAAUUAAAAACAUUUUGGCAAUUUUUAAAUCAAGAAAGUUUUGUCACUAAAUUAUUUGUAUAAAUGUUAUACCAAAAUGAAUGUGUCUAACUUAAAAUAAAUUUAUUUUUUUGCAAUUUCGAUGUUUUAUUACUUUGAUCUAAAUUUAAUGUCCAUGAAGUAAUAACAUUGUUACUGGACCAAGAUGCCACUUGUCAUUGAGCUAUCUAAAAACAAGACCAGGCUUUGGACCAUUCCCUAACAACAACAAAACAUUAGCGCUAAUGGUGUAGAUACACGAAAAAGUGACAACUAUUAAUAUAUAGAUUUCAUUUUGUUGCAUGGGCAAAAUUUGAAUAUAUUUUUCAAUGUUAUCUUUUUGUAAAGAAUGAAUUGAUAGUUUUUAAAUCUACGUACCAAAACCAUCAGAUUCAACAAGGUUUGUAAAUUUGUCCAUAGAGUUGUUAGUUUUCUUCUUAUCUUAUAAUUCUUUUUUUAGAAGUCUAAGCUAAAAUGUCAACAAAUUCACUAUUCCUGGACCUUGACAGAUUUAUUUUUUAUUUCAAGCAGAUAAAGUUAAGUACAAAGUAGGUGGGGACUUUCUCAACAAUUAAUGCCUUGACUGAUAUGAAUUCCAGUUUGUAAUAGCUUUACUGAAUUUGGGAUUUUUAUUAUGCCAUAUAUUGAGAGUCUAGGGAGCUUACAUCUCACCACAUCAAUAUACUGCUAUCAAUCGGGUGUUUUUGUGGAAGAAACAUAAUAAUGAGUUUCAGCUUUAUAUAUAUUUUUUUAAAUAUGUUCUGGACUAUCUUGAGAACGAUCUGAAGACCCGUUUCAGGGCUUGACAGAAACUAAUUAACAUUAACAUUUGACAUAACUAAUUAACAUUUGAUUCAUAUUAGAAGUCCAUAUAGCAUUCCUCCCAUGAAAGUAUCAUGCCACAUUCUCACUUUUCAUUCUAGAUAAUGUGUCAGAAGACUUAAAAAAAAUGUGUCAAUAUGCCAGUAAAUAUUUUUUUUUCACUAUGUUAUUUUUUAUUGUUCCUUCAUUUUCUUCUGCACGAAAUGCAACAUUUUUAUGUUAAAAAGUUUAUCUAAUAAA